UCAAUAAUUGUUUAAUUUGCUUAUGUAAGCCCCUGAAGUGUUUCUCUAAUUGUUGCCAACUCUGGCCCGCUAUCGUUCCCCCAUCUCUUCCCUCCUAUAAAAACCCUCUCACUUCUUCAUGUGCUGUCAUCCCAUGCCCUCUAAACAACCUUUGGAUCAGUACAAUAUAUCCUUCGAGUACUGAAUUGGAUAUUAGCCAAGCUAGCUAACCUUUAAAAAUUUGAGCCAUGCUUUCUGGUGAGAUUUCAGGAAUCCACUACCUGACUACACCUGAAAUCCAGAUUCCAAAUCCUGCAAACUUUGGCAAUAUUAUCAUGCAGGACAACAUACCGUCCUCCUUCCAUUUCAAUGGAGCAUCAGUCUUCAGCAACUUACUCCACACUCAAAUCCCUCCUCCGGGACAUGAUCAAUUGUUAGCUACUCCGGUGCAGUCCUCGAGUCUCAGCAACAACUCCAGUACCUCCGAUGAAGCCGAAGAACACGUGCAGCAGCUGAGCAACAUCAUUGAUCAAAGAAAGCAGAGGAGAAUGAUAUCAAACAGAGAAUCGGCUCGCAGAUCACGGAUGCGGAAACAGAAGCACUUGGAUGAGCUCUGGUCACAGGUGCUUAGGCUUAGAACCGAAAACCACAACCUGAUGGACAGGUUGAAACAUGUGUCCGAGACCCAUGACAGGGUUCUUGAGGAGAAUGCAAAGCUCAAGGAAGAAGCCUCGGAUCUUCGACAAAUGCUCUCCGAGAUCCAGAUCAGCACCUUGAGAUCGACAGAGCUGGAAGUAGAGGCCUGCAGCACAACUUUAAGCACUGACUUGCUCCGUUGAGAUGAGAUCAUAAAUAUCACUGUUCUAGCUAAGCUCUCCAUUAUCACUAGUAGCUGCUUUAAUUUGUGUUCCUUUUGUUUACUAUAAUUGGUAAUCGUACGUUUUUUCCGUCAUCGCUUUAUUGUAUGGGAGUAAAAGACAAAGGCCGUGCAGGAACGCACUUAACAA